UAUCCUAGGACCUUUACGAAUACCAGGACGGGCGGGGAGUUGGGGCCACUCUCUGGGCUCUGGUAUGAAAGAAAACCCGCACCACCCCCAUCGUGCUUGCAACGAAGCUCGUGCAACGACAUGUCCUCGGAAAUGCAAACAGGGCUCCGUCGGACAUCCCGGAGGCGAGACGGGCGCCGGGUCGCCCGAGGCCAUCCGAGUCAUCGCAAGUGCUGGUCGAAGUUAGGUGUUCUCGCUAGUAAGAUUGAAGUUACUAGGGUUCAGACGGUUUACAGUCGUAUCAUAAUAGCUUUAUUUGGAAGCCGGUGACAAGUUGCCGCUCACGAUGGCAAGUGACGAACCAACCUAUGAGGAACUACUGGAGGAGAAUUAUGAGCUACACGAAGAGAAACGGGCCUUGAGCAGCCGAAUACAAGCACUCGAGACAGACCUCGCGGAGCAUACCGGCGCUGGCAGAGAGAGUGAGCGCAGGGCGUCUGAAAUAGGCCGACUCGAGAAGGACCUCGCCGACGCAACUGCUCACUCGCACGCUUGUAAGAGAGAGAUAGAAAAGCUAAAGACUGAGAGAGACAUGCGGCAGAGAGAGCACAAGCGGCUUGAAACUGCACUGCAAGAUAAAGAGGAACGGUACUAUGAUAUAUAGCUAAUUUUUACCAAUGCAUACUUGUUUAGAUUAUCUUCCAUUCUGCGAGGAGGAGUUGUGAAUUCAGUAGCUGAUGAAGAUAUCCGGCAAGAGGACCGUCAGAUGCACUUGACCUACGAGCGUAAUUUGCUGGAAGCCGACCAAGAGAAUGAGCAGAUUCGAGCAGAGAUGUCCACCUUGGAAUCCCAAGUCCUAGUAUUACAAGGCGCUUUGGCAGUCCGGCGCAUUGUAAAUCCUUUGAAUGCUAUGUCCCUACGAAUUUAGUUCUGGCAGGUCACGGCAGCUGAACGAGAUGAGAUCCUUGCUAUCCGCGAAAGGAAUGACGUGGCACUAGAGCAUUCAGAAACCAAAAUAGAAGAGCUGAACUUAUUGCUAGAAGAGGCACGCGUGCAAAUACAAGAAUUAUCUGCAGAACGAGAUGCCAUAGACGAUGCGCUGCAAGCGACUACUAAAGUGGUUGCACAGAAUGAGCAAAAGUUUCGCGCCCAGUUAGAGGAUUCGCUUGUUGAAAUUGCGAAGCUGCGAGAUACAGCUACUCUGGAUAAUCAGGAGAAGAUGAAGCAGGUGCAGCUUGAGCUUGAGAGAGCAUAUUUAGACGCUGGGCGCCUUGAUGCAGAGAAUGUGCCCCAUAGCCGAGUCGAGAUUUGUCCAUUGCAUGUGUCUUGGAAGCUAAGUUAACAGGUGGAACUGACCGUCCUUGCUGACUUAUUGCGCAAUCGCAUAAGGGACCUCGAAAGUGGACAUGAGCAUGAGAGUAUACUUGCAAGGAGGAAACAUCCUGACACUGGAGAUAUCUCUGCUGAACUAAGCUCUACAAAAGUGAGCCUCUAUGAAAGCAAGAAGAAGCAACACCUCAUUGAGAGUGAAAUUUCAGGACUCGAAGCAGAACUUGCUGAUGAUCGUGAUUUGCUGGACAUUGCUGCGCAACAGGGUGGAAUUGGCGUAGCAGAGGCCAUUCGUCGCAAUAAGUGGCUCAAAACUGUACUGCGAAAACGUGAGACAGAGAUUGAGAAAUGCCGCCUUGAACUCUCUGUCAGUCUAAAACAACGCUUUCAUCCUUAUAUGAGACUUCUCCUAGGCGACAAGGGAAGAAAACGAAUCGGCCAGGAUUGAGCACAAAAUGCUUAAAACUGCACUCGGAGAUGCAGGCAAGGUACUUUUGCAAAUGACAGCAGGUGCAGGUCAUCUCACCGAUGUUUGCCCAGCUGAUGCCAAGACUAUGGCUGCAAGGUGUAUUGAUCUUGCUAGUAGCAGUCACCUACAAAAAAGAAGCGCUGAUAUAAAAGGCGAAGCUGGGAAGGCAGACACCAGGAAGAUGCAAGUGCAAAUUAAUGACCUUGAAAGCGAGCGAGCACGCCUGCUUAGCCAGCUACAUGAAGCUGCACCCAGAGUCUCAGGACAGGGCAUUCGGUUCAUUGGUCUGACAGAUGAAAAUCUUAGAAAAUUACAGUUGUAUGCAAUGAGAUUAAGUCGAGGGGUAGAAAAUAUACCUAUCGACGCUAAAUGUCUAAGAAAUGGGUUGGAAACACUCUCAGAUGUCGAGCCAAAAAGUCCUGCUCUAAGCGAGGUUUGCGGCGAGUAAUGCAACCUGCAUCAAAAAUAUUUAAUAUAUCUGAAUUCGCCCACAGAUGACCUUUAGGUUGCUCAAAUCUAAAGCUGAGGAGCACAUACGCCACCUGCCAGCUUGUGCAUCUAGCGCUGGUGCAUCUAGCGCGAUAGAUACUGCAACGGUUAUUCCAUCUUCAGCCCAAACUCCAGGCCACAGCACCACUAAGUCAACUAAAGCAAUGCACAAAAACACUAGUGUAAAUCAACCAAGGGCCCGUGGCACCUCGUGCACCUAUGGUGGUGUUUCUACACCUAACAUUGUAGUUGCAAAUCUAGGCCACACUGCAACUGGUCCAUGUGACACUGACUUUUGCAAAACGGCCAUCUUUGGCGACUGGGAUGGUUGCCCAGUGGCCAAUGAUCAGCAUGUGUUCAAUCAACCACGGCUUCCAAAUGACAUAUGGGCAAGGGACUUGCGAUGGGUCUAUUUUGCGUUUAAUUUUGCACCAAAAAUUGUCAUUUGCUCAAAUAAAUAGGCUCAUGCAGCACUCGCCGAAGCGCUGGAGCUUUUGGAUGUGUCCGAGCGCGAAUGCAUCCAACUUGGCUUGACAUGUGGUAUCUUGAGUGGGCAGGCAUCCGAAAUAAGGCAAAAUAUGUCAGCUUGCUACGAUGUGCAUUUACGGAAAAAGAGAGCAAUGGAAAGCAAGACAUCAGCGCUGCGAUCUAAACUAGCGGCAUUACAAGAACAAAAGGCUAUUCUUGAAGCUAAAUUACAAAUUUACGAGCGUAUUCCUGGAAGUGGACAGGUGACUGUCACCAGGGAUGACAUUGGAAGUGGACAGGUGACUGUCACCAGGGAUGACAUUGGGGCGCCGCAAUCGAGAUUUCAAGAGGUUGCUCGGCAAAUGGCAUCAUAUGAAGUGAACGAGCUACAGAUGAAACGACGACACGCCAUCCUCCACGAGGAGUUGAAGACCGAAAAAAUCAGAAGGGGCCAGGCUGAAAAUGCAUUGAGUGAAGUUGAAGCUACUUUGCGCAGUCGCAUACUCUACUUAGAAUUAUGGAAACAGGGCUCAGUGGCUCGCAUUGAGCGCUUGCAAGCCGAACUUGAUGAGUCAUCGCCCAAUUUGCCACUCUCCUGCGUUAAAGCAAAGAGGCCUGUAAAAACAAGGUUUCUUUCUGCACAGGCUCAACAUGUCUGCGCAUAGCCCUAUAACUCUGCAAGAAAAAUCCUGGGCCAAGGAAAUGAUGGUUCUUCGUGCCUCGCUUCGUAAAUUGAACGAAGAAUCCGCCGCAACACGUAGAGAUUGCACCCGUCUCCAGGAACUAGCUUCAAUCGCAACAAUGCAAGCAAUAAGCUUUGUCCUAUAUUUUCACAUCUUUAUCCAAUUCACAUAUCACUUAGGCCGCCGAACUCCGACGAAAACAGUCAGAGGAUGCAGCUGAGCAAAAAAACGAUUUAAUCCGCAUUCGUCAACUUGAGGCCCGAUCAGACAAUGAUCGGAUAAUCGGGAAGCUCCAGCGCGAAAUCAUUUCAACGCGCACGAUGUAUAGGCUUUUUGCUCGUGUAGUGCAGUGAAAUUCACUACUAUCGAAAUUGACUUGGUAUUUUCAGGUAAAUAUGAAGCAAUACAUACCGAACUUGCACACAGAGAAAGACUCAUGCUCAAGGCGGAAUCAAGGCGCAUUAGGUGUGAUGAACUGUUAAUUUCGCUCCGUGAGGAAAAGCAACUUCAACUGGAGAUACUGAACACAACUCUCAGAUGCGCGUUUUGCUUGCCGCAUUCAAGUACUUCAAGGCACACAAUAGCUGGUGCGGACCAUGAUUCGGAAAUGUCAUGUAAUCUUCUUGGACUACAAGAUGCAACCAACCAGCAGGAACUUGAAUUACGCGCAUCAGAACUGGCCCGCGAAAAGCUUGAGCACCGCAAUGCACAACUAGAGAUUGACCUGGAUACAUCUAAACGGCUAGCUCUCUGUCUCACUGGUAAGAACAGUACAUCUGUGAAUUUGAGACAAUACUUGCCCCCAGGUUCUUUAGCAUCUCAAGGUCAGCGAAUCACUUUACACUUCUCAGUGCAAGAUGCUUAAUUUUGGGGAUCACUCCUAGGUGACACAUUCCGCAGAAUUGUAUCACUAAACGAGGAAGUCAAAGCAUUGAAGCUACAAGCCAUCCAGGGUAAAUACCAAAUCACAACUUUGCAAGAAGAAAAACGACGACUUAAUGCGACAGUUUUAUCUCGUGAGACUGUGCUUACGAAAGCUGAUCGUGCCCGUGUUGAGGCUGAAGCUAGAUUGAUAUCGGAUGUUAGUGGGCGUGGUAAUCCCCUAUCAGAGUGCAAGCAGUGUAAGAUGCCUUUAAGUAAUGGAUGUUAUCUUCCAGCGUCAUACCCCUGGCUGUGCAGCUGCACAUCCAAGUUUGUUGUGCACAGGGAUGCUUCCAUCGUCCACUCUCGAUCUGGAGGAGAUGGAAAUACCUCUGAAAGAGCUGCAUAUCAGUGGUGGGCCAAUUCAACAAAGGGAAUGCCAACCCGCAGGCUCAGUACAAAACUCCGAUCUCCCAGAUCAGGUUCUAACAUAGUCAUUCGACAUUCUAUGCGCACUUGUUGCUAAUUUAGCUUCAUGACGAGGGUGAUGGGGUGGCCACCCAGAUAUCUUCGCUGGCCCUGAGCCAAACAGAAACCAUCGCUGGCAACGUGCACAAGCCUGGGUUGGAUCUAAAGCUCUAUGACAAAGGAAAAAAUAGAAAAAAACGGUGUCCUGGAAUGAUACUAACUUCAGAUUAUCGCCUGUUGUCGAUGGUCUACACUCAGGUGAGGCCUGCGACAGCAGGAAAUACCCUGCUCUUGCUCGGGCCAAUUGCUCUGUGGAACAGCAGGCUCAUUGGACCUAUUCAGAUGGCCACAUGCAAAAACUGCAGUGUUUUGCUGAUACCAGCCCUGCGGCUAGGGAGCCCAGGAAUAGUAGAUUAGAACAAGUCGCCGCAAAAACAAUCAAAUCACUAAAGGUGAUGCAUGUGUACUUAUAGCCCAUUAUUGUCACAUACAGACUCUCGUAAAAUUCAAAGUACAAGCGCUUACCAACUCAGAUACGCGACUGGAGGAGCGGCAUCAAGUAGCAAAACGUGAAAUUCGUCGUGACCGGGAUAAAGCUGGUCGGAUCACUGAGCAGCUAUAUCAUGAGCAUGAGUCGGCGAUUCGUCGUCUGCGUUGCGCGGUAGCAAAGUCAAGGAGCAAUCCUCCUGACGUGGUUAUGGGCGUAAAUGCACAAGAAAAUACCUCUCAUGACGUGUCUGAAGUUGACAAAGUCAUCAAGAUGAAUAUGAAUCUCGAAAGUAAGCUAAAGAUUGCCAACACGGCCCGUGAGCGUGCCGAAAGCCGUUGCGCUUUGGUCGUGAGUGAGCUAGAAGCACAGAAAAAUGAUCUUAUUAUGCUUUCAGCUAAGCUACAACGCGCUGAAGAAAAGCAAGCAAACACAUCACCCUGCCGCUCAGAUGCUCUCCAAGUGCACUUAUUGCGAAAGUCCCUUUCGCAAAGGGAUGCACAGCUCAAAGGCCUCCGUGAUUCGCUUGUCAAGCUGAAAGCAGAUUUGGUUGCCGUUGAACAGGUCUGGCUGCUCCUGGUUUCUUGCAGCAUGACAGUGGCCAACUGUAGGCAAAUGCGUUUGGCAGUCCGAGGCGGAAGGACUUACCAACCUAUACCCCAGAUGGCGCUGUACAGGACCCUCGUUCAAAGGCAAAAGAGCUCGCCCAGCAGUUGAAUUUGAUUCGUAGCGAGGCACGAGCUGCUACGCGACCAGCAGAGUAGCAGAAGGGAAAAUUAUACUUUUUGAGCAAAAUAGUUAUUAGGCGCAAAAACGAUCUUUUCUGCUCACAACGCGAUAAGUAUAAGCUACAGCUGGAUCGUGCUCUCCAUAAGAUUGAAUACUUGCGUUCUAAUGCCCAGAUGGCGGAGUCUCAAUGUCGAGAGUUGGAUAGUGCCCUCACCAAUGCUCGUCGCGAAUGCAGCGAACUCAGGGCAGUUGAAGCAAAGUACUCUGUAACUGCGUGUAAUUUGGUUCCUAUCAUAUUUAAACUCUUUGAGUUAUUUUUGCCUAGGCUUCGAAAAGAAUUACCUAAGAGAGCUGGCGGUGUGUAACUGUGCAUCACGAUAAAAUCAUACAUAUAGUAGCAAAGCAAUGUCUUAGGAGAAGUUUCCACGAAUGACAUCAGGGGGGAGCUCGAAGUUCUCAGGGCUCAAAACUUAGUAUUGCGUAAAACACAGGGUGGGCACAGAUCAGCUUUGUGUAUAUCUGCGCAUCCCUAUCAAAAGCUGCAGCACAAACCACCAAAGUCUUUAGUUCUGCACGAUGUUAAAUUAGGACGCUGUGAUCCAACCACGCGUGCUGCGCUAAUUGCAGCACUAAGGCUAGAAAACCAAGAUUUAAAGCUAUGCAUCGGAGAGAGAGAAGGAGAAAUUGCAAGAUUGAAACCUGAAAGGGCAUGUUCCGAUGUAUACUAUCAUUCGAAGAAUAGAUAUGCAAAGACGGAACUAAAAACUCUGGUUGAUGGACUACAGCUAGUGAUGCAACGCCAGGGACUCCACAUAAGAACGCUAAAAAGUUAUGCUGGACUAUAGGUGAUGAUUGGGGCUGAUGAUUGGGAACUCGCAGGAACUAGUCCGAGCUUGAUCAAGUAUGUUUAGUGGUUCAUCUUCUGAUACGUUUCUUCAAAAACCAUCUUAUAGCAGUGAGGCCAUCUUAGCCUAAGAAUCAGAUACGGGGGGAGGGCUCUAGACUAAAGGCUUGGUGUAUGUCCCUUUUAGAGUCCCCGG